CGUUGAAAAGGGAAGAAACGCAACACUUCAGGAUUCACGGACACACAGCAAGAAGCCCAAAGCCUGGCUCUGAGAGAAACGGUGCAGUGUGGGACUGGAAGAAAUGCAAACUGAGGUUGGUGUUAUCUGACCUCGCCAAGCAAGCUGCUUUCUGGGAGAAACGAAUUGGACCGGAUCCGGCAAUGUGCUGUUUUGUUGGGGCUAUCAUUGCAGCAGUCUGUGCAUAGGAUGCAUCCUCCCUUGGCUUUUGAUGCUGUGCAGAUCCACCCUCCUCUCCUCAGAGUGAUGAACUAAUAGGCAAUGAUUUUCUCCGCGGAAACCCACCGUGUUUUACUGUUUUCACGUUAGUUGUGAUUGUUUACUGGCGGCCCCUCUCCUCCCGGUGCGACACAUGCAAUUUAUAGAGUAUAUUUUCUAUUAUCGACUAGUUGAGGAGGCAUCCUUUAUACGCCAGAAGAAGAAAACACACCGUUAUUACGAAGUCUGACAGAUGCCGAAUAUUUUGCCACGUGAAUGAAAACGCAUAGGACUUGGAUAUACCUAUUUUUCUAUGAUACAAUUGGUAGCCUUGUCCUGGAGAACUGAUCCAAUUGUGUUAUUAUGCAACCGCAAGGAUCUCAUCUAUAUCUGGGUGUUUAAGCCACUGGAUUGCUCUUCGCCCAAAUCAAUGUGGUUUCUUUGGAACAUUUUCAGCAAAGGAACGCAUAUGCUGCAGUGUCUUUGUGGCAAGAGUCUUAAGAAAAACAAGAAUCCAAGUGAUCCCCAGCUCAAGGGUAUAGUGACCAGGUUAUAUUGCAGGCAGGGAUACUACUUGCAAAUGAACCCCGAUGGCUCUCUUGAUGGGACCAAGGAUGACAGCAGUAAUUCCUCUUUGUUCAACCUUAUUCCUGUGGGCCUCAGAGUUGUCGCCAUUCAGUCCGUGAAGACAGGGUUAUACAUCGCCAUGAACGGGGAGGGCCAUCUGUACACAUCAGAACUCUUUACAGCUGAGUGCAAGUUCAAAGAGUCGGUGUUUGAGAACUACUAUGUGAUCUACUCGUCCAUGUUGUACAGACAACAGGAGUCGGGGAGGGCUUGGUUCCUAGGGCUCAACAAAGAGGGCCAAGCCAUGAAGGGGAACCGGGUGAAAAAAACAAAACCAGCUGCUCACUUCCUGCCCAAGCCAUUAGAAGUUGCCAUGUACAGAGAGCCAUCGUUGCAUGAUAUAGGUGAGACGGUGCCCAAGGCGGCAGUACCUCCCAGUAAAAGCACAAGUGAGCCGGCGGUGAUGAACGGAGGUAAACCUGUCAGCAAGCCCGACAAGCCCCCCACAUAGCCACACCUGGAGGGUACCCAGUGUGCGUGUGCGUGAGGGCGGGAGGCAGAGGCUUCUCUUGACUAGACUCCAGGCCCUCUUUUCUUCUGCGGAUCAGAUCCAGGCAAACCUCCCUCCCUUCCUUCCUAUUUUCCUCUCUGCUCCUCCUUCCUCUUUUUCCCUCUGCCUCGUCCUCGUUGGAUUCUGCGGUUGGGGGCGGAGUUUCUCCAGCACAGGAGGGAAGAGGACCUCCGAUCAUGGAAUGCCUUUAGAUUCCUCUGAAACUGUGAGAAUUCAUAUUUCACAAACGACGCUUGUGGUACUUUGCUUGCUGACAGUUCAUCCAAGAAACCGCCCCCCGUCCUCGUCUCUAUAAUGCCCUGUCGCAGCAGAGUCUGUGUACCUUCAGAUCUAUUUUCUAUACCACAGUUCACCAGCUAUGUUCUGGGAUAGAGACUGUAUAGAUAGAGUAAAUAUUUGGACUGUCGUCCUCUAUUUUUUACGAGUAUGUUCCCCUCUCCCUCUCUUUCUAUCUCUAGUCACACACUUUUCUCUUUGUCAACUUACUUAGAAAAGAUAAAACAAUUUUGCAAGGGAGUUGUGUGAUUUUCUAAGAAACACAUUCACACAUAUGUGGCAUAAAAACAGAUCAAAAACAUGUAUAAAAAUAAAAAAAUCUUGCCUACCACAUGCACACACCCACAGACAGACUUAUAAAGUUUGCAGGAAAAAUCCGAGCUUUUUACAGCUGAUAAAAACACACUGGAGGCUGGCAGAUAGCUCCUGCAAUCAUAGUUGAUGAAGUGCUAAUUACCACCACUGCAAUCAAUGCGAGGAGCUCCCUGCAUACACACAAACACUCCUCCGAACAGAUGUGUGUGUGGGUGGGAGAGCGCUGUAAAGAAAUGGUGUAUACAUAUCACUAUCUAAGUCCCACCAGCGGUUCAAUCCGCCUUCUCUGGUAAAUAGAAAAAAAAAAACCUGAAGUCUAUUUUUCUUUAAGCUUAUUUCCGAGCGUGGGCUCUAGGAAUAUCUCUAGGCCUUGUAGGCCUCCGUCCCUCACUCACUGACUUCUUUGGACUGCGAGGCAAGGCUUGUGGCUUUGACCCAGAUGGUCUCUAACUGCAGCACUGGCAGCCAUCUUAAGGCAGUCUCUACUUAAAGCCAGAAAACAACAUGGCUGGAAAUCAAGUAGGCGACAUUUAUACUGGCUGCAUCCCUAUUUGGUUCAGCAAACUAAAGCAUGGGCAAGGUUAAUAUUGUGUUCUCUCUUCUUGCAGCAGUUAUACAAGAGAUGGCUUAUAUAUUGUAACAUUUUCACUGUAUAAAACUUAGGGAAAAUGACUAUUAAAAACUUUUUAAAUGACUAGAUAUUAUUAUUAUUAUUACUACGAGAGGAUUUGUCUCCUAGCUCAGCAUGCAGAGUCCAGUACUGAUCAUCUUGGCCUAUCACGUGCCUGUUUGGACCUUGAUUCCCGGCAUGCAAAAACAGGUUCCCAGUCCCCACUGGGCCAAAGGUGCCUCACCCACCCGAUACAUCCAUGUAGAGGACACGUAGCAUUAUCCAUUUUAAAGAAAACCACACUCAGAUGUACUGAAAUGACCAAAGUCUUUUUUUCAUCCCAAGGAUAACUUAUUAAAAAGCAGAAAACAAAACCCAAAUCUCUGAUCCAAUCCAUCAAGCUUUCACUGUGAUAGCAUUUGUUCAGUCUCACUCCGCUCAGACCCCCACCUUGAGAGGUCUCGACUGAUGUCAAUUUUUCGGAGAAGUGCGUAUACCUUGAAUUAAUCACGUGCAUGUAUUUUCUAUAAGGAACAAGGUAUGGUUCUUCACUCUGUGUUUGAGAUCACUGAAGUUCAGUGUAUUGGGAGUCUGAAUGGGCAUGUCGUAGGCUACAGCAAACUCAUCUUAAAGCUGCACUUUCUGUUCUUGCAUCCUCAUCAUGACUGUUAUCAAACCUGAUCGAUCACUUUAUAACGUUUGUCUUGCUUUGACGAUUUCGUUAGAUAAGAUUUAGAGUGUAAGUAGAUGCUGUGUGCUGCUAAAACUAUAUUAAGAGGUUGAUUUGGUGAUUAUAAUUUAUUGGGAUUAUCACACAUUCUUAUUACAGGACAUCAAAGCACAUUAUUUGUCUGUACAAAACUGUUAGUGCAAAUGGUGCACUUAAAAACCCACUGGAUUCAGGGCAGGGUUUCUGCCCUCAUUACAGCCAAUCAUAACCCACCCUUACAAACUCUACAUGCUGGGCUGGCUGCUGCUCCAGCCCUGCAAGGCUGACUUUAUUUUUGUAAAUGACCGGUGUGUAAAUGUACAUCUCUUUAAUUUUCCUUCGUCUUCAUUUUCUUUUUUCUGUCCAGUGUGAUGUCGUCUUCUUAUCACUUUUGCGUUCUUUGUCCCUCUCUUCAGGUUAUUCUCGAGCCCUUUAGUUCCUUCUGUUCCUUCGUCUUCUUUUGUACGUUGUCCCAUCUGUUGCAUGGGGAGAGGAUGGCAUCGAUGAACUGCAUGUAGUAGGCUAUGUCUAUCAAAGAACUGUUGGUAUGUACCGCUAAUUUUACAUACAUAUAUGCAACGAGUUUGUCUACACUAUACAGUUUGUGUUUGUUGUAUAAAACCUAUACAACAUGUUGAUUAAAAUAUUUAUAUAAAGGGUGUACUGUACUGUAAUGUCAGUAACAUACUUAAUGCAAUAUAGUGUGCAGUAUAUUAUUGCACCUUUCAUUUCUGAUGGGACAUGAAAAAUCGAGGGGGGUUGGCUAAGUUUAAGCAUGAAAAAGGCCAAAGUAGAAUUUACAUACAAUUUUCUUUGUGACUUCUUAUCGGUCCUCUUUUUCAAGUGGUGACGGAGCUCGGUGCAGCUCUCAUCCCUAGACGCCACCUUUUUGAAGUGACAUGGACUUCCAGCAUGCCACGACUGAACUAUGUAUGCCCUCUCUUUGUUUCCUCCACUUAGAGUUAUCACGUGUAUGAGUUGGAGUGUACGUCUCGUACUGUAGCUUCAGUACCGCGUGGGGUUUUCAUGGCAGAUUGUUUGGUUUGAUUUCCCCGUUGGAGAAGAAUAGGCACUAUUAAAAAUGAUUUAUUUUCAACAUAGAAAUAUAUAUACCAUUGCAAGUAUGCCCAUUGGAGUUAUGUCAUGUUAUAACAAAUUUGUAACCAUGUAUGAUUAAGGUCUUCGCAUUGUUUUCCAUGCAAAAUGUUGUGUCAUGCGGCACAUUUAAUGUUUUAUUAUUAAAAAGAAAUAAAAACCUCAAACAGUACCUUUUGUCUUCGCCUUUCACUGAGCUUUCAUUACAGAGUUUGAACAAUACAUCACUCCGUACAAACGGACCUCCAUUAUCCCACUGUAGUGUCACUCUAGACCAGUGGUUCUCAACUGCGGGGUCAGGACCCAAAAAUGGGUGGUAAAGGCAUUUUUAGUAAAGGUGUGCCUGACAAAAAAUUAUGAAAUGAUGUCUCUUUUUUGCAUUUCUUUAUUUUGUUGUAUUCCUUCUGGGAUCCAAACUCUACUAUUUUCAAUAAAUAAAACUGAUUAGUCGAAUUUUUUUUUGAACUGGGCUCAUGAGGCUAGAUCAGUUGAGAGCCACUGUUUUUGACUGUAGAAAAGAGGCAGACAUGGCCUUCUUGUUUUCCCGUGUUUGUGAGCCCUGCCUCAUGUUGAAGCACUAAAGAAGUCAUAUCAUCCUCCUGUUAUGUUUAUGGUCUCCAUAAACACCUAUAUCAUUUUCCUCUGUGCAACAUCUGUUGUAGCAUUUUAUUUUAGAGUUCUAGAAAAUCAUUAUUUAUCUUACUUUGGUGUCUAUAAAACCCUUCUGUAUACAGCCUUUGUCUGACACUGUUGAUUUUCAAAUACUGUCUCUUUAAAACAGUGGUUAUCAACCAGUGGGUAGGGACCCAAAAGUGGGUCACAGAGCUGUUUCCAUUGGGUUGUGAAGGUGUGAAAAAAAUCUAGGGAAAAAAAUUCUAUGAUGUAUGGAAGCCUUAAGAGGACAUACAUCCAUACUUUGUAAUUAACUAACUACAUGAUACCAAGUACAUUUUUGUCAUUCUCUCAGGAUUUCAACAUAUUUACCUAAUUCACCAUAUUUAUUCACAGGAUAAAAAAACUGGCUUUCCCAAAAUAAGAUUAUAUUCUUUGAGAAAUCACCACAAAUAGCAUGCUAAGAAAAAUUGAGUAAAAUAAUAUACAUGCAUGCAUGUUGUUUCUGUAUGUGUUUCUUCCAUGUAAGGUCCAAACUCUGAACAUUUUUCAUUAAUUACUUUGGAUGGUUGAAUUUUUUUUAGAAUAGAAUUUGGGUCCUGAUCCCUGACCAGUGAAGAACCACUUCUUUAAGACACUCCUAAAAGCCCAUUUCCUUCUGAUUGGCCAGCUCUCUCUAAUGGAAAAAAAAAAACAUGGUUGUCUUUGUUUUCCACUAUAGAGAAAGUUGGCAAUGCAUCAUAGUUGAGGGCAUGAUCAAGAAUGCUGUGAAAAUGCAGAUUAUAAAUUCAGGUACUAACGCUAACAACUUGUAAUGUCCUAAAAUCAAACAUUACAGUGAAUCAUCAUACAGAUUAUACAUCAGUAAUCUAAACAGAAUGGGAUCGGACUGUUGUCCAUACAUUAUAAAAGACUGGAGGCAUGAUCUCCCUUAGUGGCCUGGUGUGAAAGACACGUGAGAUUAACACUUAAUAAGGUGAAACAUAUUGUCUAAGUUACAUGUAAUAACCUACUGACUAUAUACAUACAUAUAUGUUUGAACUUAUAUCCCACAAACCAAACUCGAUGGCUAGUAGCCACGGUGUUCUCCCAAUCGGCUCUGUGCUGUUGGAUAAAACAUUGAAGUGUAAUAUGAAAUACUCACAUUUUAAGUUGUUGCCCACUGUAUUUGUACCUGGGGAAUAUGAUUGUGUUAGGAACUUUUGAUUUUGUUUAAUAUGAUCUCCAUGGUAGAAUAAACACUGUUAGACCAGGUGUUCAGUGCAGUUUGCAGAUUAAGCUUGGAGGGAUUACUUGAGCAUGCAAUUACCUACUGACUUAAACAUUUUGAUAGUGUUAGCAUUACUAUCUAACAUUUUAAAAUAGAUAUGACAUAUAUAUAAUAUAUAAUAGUGCAAUACCUAGCCUUAAACCCUUGAACAAUGUGCCCGAAAGUUGUUGGAAGAAACCUUUAUAGGAAUAUUUUGUCUUUCUGUGAUUCAUAUUUUCUUCUUGUUUUGGUCUUUGAGUGAUUUUCAGACUUCAAGUUGAAACCCUCCCCUACUCUGACACAAGCUCAAAAAAAAAAGGCUAUUUGUGAACACAGUCCCAAAGUUGGCAGUUUGGCUGUCGCCAUCACGUUUGUCUUCAUGACAACACAGGAUGAAUGAAUGGAACUUUACUGAGGAGUCUCUAAUAUUUCGUGGUGUCACGGGCUUGUAAAGCAUCAUCUGCUUUAGUAUUAAUUUCACUCUUAAUGUGACUUACUUGCAAAAUUAGCACCAUGUUGUACUGAAGGAGAUUUAAAGCUAACAACUGAGACCAGAAACUGUUCACAAAGUUAAUGAGUUAACUGAAAAGUAGAUUUAUUUUGUCUGGUUUAAUGUAAUCUGACUUUUUUUUUUACAACCAUUUGAGCUGUCCCCCCCCUGCUAGCCAUAAGAAAGAAUAAAGCUUUAAGGCACUUUGGCAUUGGUUUUAAACCAGAGGCUACAUUCACUUCUUCUGUCAACAAGUUUCC